AUGGAUGUUGAGGCAGCCGGCGCUGGCACCUGCCUUUGCCCGACUCCAAACUCACCUCCGGCAGCGACGGGCACCACCCAACAACGGGGGUCCUCGGGGGAACGGCCUGGAUGCGAAGCCCUCCAGAGGCUGGCCCUGGGAGCCUGGUGCUUAGGGCACGGCCCUGGAGGGAUAUCUGUGGAGAGGACCCAGGGACGUGGGCAGGGAGGCGAGGGAGGGAGGCGAGCCAAGCCUGGAACGCUGGCGGCCUCCGAAAGGGCCAGAGAACCGGUGAGCAGCCGCUGCCAGGAGGUCCAGGAAGGGCCCGUUCCUGGGACUCCUCAGCGGCUCGGCCGUGUUUGGAGGCGACCCCCAGGGGAGCAGCUGCGAGGCCUGGGGGAGGCUGACAGGGCCCCAGGACACCAGCCACGGGAGAAACAGGCCGAGUGGGCAGCCGGGGAGAAGCCUGGCCAGAGCCAGCCGUCGUUUUCUGAGGCCGGGCCCAGCCCUCUUCCCUCCUCAGCCACAGUCCCCUGGACCCAAGUCAGCCUCCGGAAGCUGGAGACUCAGCCCCGCCCCUCCCCAGGUCUUAGCGACUGCCCCCUCGCGGCCUUGCGGCAGGUCGGCAGUGACAGGGGAAGCGCCGCUUCGCAAACGGCUGCGUUUGGCCCCCGCCGGCUACCGUCCUCCCGCCACCGUCCGGUCAUGUGUUACACUCCCCGCGCAGGCGCAGACCCGGGAAACAUGGCGGCGUCCGCGGGCCUCGCGUCCGCCUCCCUCCACCUUCGCCUUCGCCUGGGAGUCGCGCCGCGCUUGUCCGCCUGCCGCGCCCUCUCUGGCCCCGGGACUCCCGGGGGCUUCCAGCCGCCCCCCAAGCCGGUCAUUGUAGACAAGAGGCGGGAGCCCGAGCGGGAGCGCAGGUUCCUAAGCCCCGAGUUCCUCCCUCCCCGGGGGCGGACGAAGCCGCUGAAGUUCCAGCUGGAGCGCCAGGACAUGCUGGAGCGGCGGAAGGUCCUGCACAUUCCCGAGUUCUACGUAGGGAGCAUCCUGGCCGUCACCUCCUCGGACCCUCACGCCAAGGGCAAAAGCAGCCGCUUCCUGGGCAUUUGUACCCAGAGGUCUGGCCACGGCCUCGGGGCCACCUUCGUUCUGCGCAACACCAUCGAGGGCCAAGGGGUGGAGAUCUGCUUUGACCUGUACAGCCCGCGGAUCCAGGAAAUCCAAGUGGUCAGGCUGGAGAAGCGCCUGGACGACAACCUCAUGUACCUGCGCGACGCCCUGCCCGAGUACAGCACCUUCGAGCUGGACAUGAAGCCGGAGGCCCCCGCCGCCGGCCAGGAGGUCCCCGUCAACCCGCUCAAGGUCAAAAUGAAGCCCAGGCCCUGGUCCAAGCGCUGGGAGCGGCCCAAGUUCAACAUCCAGGGCAUCAGGUUCGACCUGUGCCUCAGCGAGGAGCAGUUGCGGGAAGCCCGCAAGUGGAGCCAGCCCUGGCUGGAGUUCGACAUGAUGAGAGAGCGGCCCACCGAGGCCCUGGAGGCCCAGAUCUGGGAGGAGGUGGAGGCGGCCCGGCUGGGGCGCUGCUGAGCAGCGGAGGGUCUCUCACACACACACACACAGGGCAGCGGUACAAUAAACAUUUAUCUGGCA